CCUAAGAGAUAUAAGCUUUUAUGUGAUAGUUUGUUUGCCCUUGGUAUGGCAUUUUCUUAAAAAAUUACAUAAAUAGCUGAGCCCUUUAAACUCCUUUUUACUCAUUUUACCAAAAACAAAACAUCAUGAAACUUUUAUACUGGAUAUUUGCCGCUUAUGUUUUUAUACUACCAGUGUUUGCGGUCGCUGAAAACGGCUUGACAUGUGUGGUAACUACAAGGUAUUCGGAUCAAUGCAAUAUAUCAAUCAUGGACGACACCUCUUGUGUAACAUUUGGUGGUGAAUUAAAAAAUUGUAGCUUGGAUCAACAGCUCUGCACUGUGUGCACGUUCGCAGACAUCAACACCAUACAAACACAGUACGCUGUUGAAAGCAUUCAAUCUCUGUGCAUUGGUGUUUAUGGAGGUCAAAUAGGAAACUCCAACGAUUAUCACCCGACAUGUUAAUUUUUUAAAGUCACGCUAAAUAAAAGCUCAAUGCGCAUUUUUCUAUAAACAUAGAUGUCAAAUAAAUAAGACAUACAAAUAGUUUUCUCAUAAACACUUG